AGGACUUGGCGACUUGCAAGGGCCAGGGCAGUUCCACUUUCGACGUUCGAACCUUUCGCAUGAUUUUUGGCAUUUUGUCGGUUCAUGCAUGACUUUGCUGGCACAUCUUCAACCAAUUCCACCUACUCCUACCACUACCACUUCACCACAACAAUUCCCCCAGGAAAGUUGAAUUCUAUACCACCGCUGUUUGCCGAUUCUCUCCCCUCUAGACUUUGGUCUUGUCAUCCGUGCUAGGAUUCCGUCAUACCUUUUCCCCUCCAGGUUUAUCUCCCCCACAGAAGACAAUGUCCGUUGUUGGCGUAGAUUUCGGGUCGCUGAAUACGGUCAUCGCAGUCGCCCGGAACAGAGGCGUCGAUGUGAUUGCGAAUGAAGUCUCAAAUCGGGUUACGCCGUCCCUUGUCGGGUUCGGUCCGAAAAGCAGAUAUUUAGGUGAAGCCGCGAAGACGCAGGAGAUCUCGAACAUCAAGAACACGGUCGGCUCCCUCACCCGUCUAGCCGGCCGCUCGUUCAAGGAUCCCGAUGUACAGAUCGAGCAGCAGUUCGUGUCCGCCCCGCUGGUGGACAUCAACGGACAAGUCGGCGCCGAGGUGACCUAUCUGGGAAAGAAGCAGCAGUUCACCGCCACCCAGCUCAUCGCCAUGUACCUCACCAAGGUCAAGGCCACCGCCUCCGCGGAGCUGAAGCUGCCCGUGACCGACUUGGUCCUCAGUUGCCCGGCCUGGUACACCGACGCGCAACGACGCAGCCUGAUCGAUGCGUCGGAAGUCGCCGGUCUCAAGGUCCUUCGACUGAUCAACUCCACAACGGCCGCCGCCUUGGGUUACGGCAUCACGAAACUCGAUCUUCCGGCGCCGGAGGAGAAGCCCCGCCGCGUGGCGUUCGUCGAUAUCGGCUACUCCAACUACACCUGCAGCAUCGUGGAGUUCCGCAAAGGGGAGCUGGCCGUCAAAUCGUCCACCCAUGACCGCCACUUCGGCGGCCGCGACUUCGACAAGCUCCUCGUCGACCACUUCGCCGCGGAGUUCAAGGAGAAGUUCAAGAUCGACAUCAACACGAACCCGAAGGCCCGCGUCCGCGUCGCCGCCGCGUGCGAGAAGUUGAAGAAGGUCCUCAGCGCCAACGCGAGUGCCCCGAUUAACAUCGAAUCGCUAAUGAACGACGUCGACGUGCGCGGCUUCCUCAAGCGCGAGCAGUUCGAGGAGCUCGCGAAGCCCCUGCUAGACCGUGCGCUGGUGCCGCUCGAGCAAGCGCUGGCCGACGCGAAGCUGAAGGUCGAGGACAUCGACCGGAUAGAGAUGGUCGGCGGGUGCAUCCGUAUCCCGGCGCUGAAGACCAAGGUGCAGGAGUUCUUCAACAAGCCGCUCAGCUACACACUCAACCAGGACGAGGCGGUCGCGCGCGGCUGCGCCUUCAGUUGCGCCAUCCUGUCCCCGGUGUUCCGCGUCCGCGACUUCUCCGUUCACGACAUCGUCAGCUACCCGAUCGAAUUCACCUGGGAGAAGAGCACCGACAUCCCCGACGAGGACACCUCGCUCACCGUGUUCAACAAGGGGAACAUCAUGCCCAGCACGAAGAUCCUGACCUUCUACCGCAAAAACCCCUUCGACCUCGAGGCCCGCUACGCGAAGCCAGAACAGCUUCCCGGUGGCGUGUCGCCUUGGAUCGGUCGUUUCAGCGUCAAGGGCGUCAAGCCCACUGGUGACGACGACUUCAUGAUCUGCAAGCUGAAGGCGCGUCUAAACCUUCACGGUGUGUUGAAUGUGGAGCAAGGAUACUGGGUCGAGGACCAAGAGGUGGAAGAGCCCAUCCCGGAGAAGAAAGAGGAGGGUAAAGAUGACACCGCGAUGGACACAUCCGCCGAAGGCGCCGCGGAGAAGCCCAAGACGCGAAAGGUCAAGAAGCAGGUCCGCAAGGGCGACCUCCCUAUCUCUUCGGGCACUGCGUCGAUGGACAUCACCUCCAAGGACGAGGCGGCCGAGCACGAGUACUCCAUGGUGGCGGAGGACAAGCUGGUCGCGGACACCGAGGACAAGAAGAACGAGCUGGAGAGCUUCAUCUACGAGACGCGUGGCCGCGUCGAGGAGGGCGGCAACCUGGCCGAGUUCGUGCGCGACGAUUCCGAGCGGCAGAAGAUCAAGACGAAGUGCGAGGAGGUCGAGGACUGGCUCUACGACGAAGGCGAAGAUGCCACCAAAGCCGUCUACGUCGCCAAGCUCGAGGAGAUCCGCGCGGUCGCCGGCCCCGUCGUCCAACGCUUCCACGACAAGAUCGAGGAGGAGCGACGCGUCCGCGACGAGGAGGAGGCGCGGCGCCGCGCGGACAUCGAGGCGAAGCGGAAGGAGGAGGAGGAGCGCACGAAGCGUGAGAACGAGCGGCGGAAGGCGGCCGCCGAGGCGGAGAAGGCGAAGGAUGUGGAGAUGAAGGAUGCGGACCCGAACGAGGCGGGGACGAAGCCGGAUGAGGUGGAGGAGGCGUAGAGGUUCAACGGUGAUGGGUAAUGG